GUAAACCUACUUUUUUCAAGACUCUUCUUUCAGAUUGGUCACUAUUCUACCAAAAGUGGCCCCCAGCGGCUACAAAGUGGUCUUCAUGAAACUCCUAGACACCAAUCCCGACAGAUACAUCUACGUCGAUCAAUUGAGGAUGUUCGACAUGAUCAUAACGCUCCUGAUGCACCUUCAGGGCACCAACGAAGGCCUUCACAUCGUCUUCGACUUCGAGGGAUCCACCUUCACCCACCUGAUGAAAUUUAAUCCGAGCGCAGCCAAGAAAUACAUGUUUUACGUCCAGGAAGCGUUGCCUAUAAGGCUGAAAGACAUCCACAUCAUCCACGCCCCAACUUGGAUCGACAAGGCUUUAGCCCUCUUCAAACCAUUGAUCAAAAAAGAGCUGUUUGAUAUGAUCAAUGUACACACAAGUAUGGAUACGUUCUACACGAUAGUGCCACAAGAGAUGCUUCCAAAAGACUUUGGAGGUACCGUUGAGCCCUGUAACGUUUUGGGAGAGCAAAUGAGGGCCAUGUUGGAGAAGAACGUGGAAUUUUUCAAGGACCAGGAGAAACAGAUCAACGACGAAUCCAAGAGGGUGGAGAAAUCAACGGAUUUCAACAAAAUUUUCGGUCUGGAAGGCACUUUCAAGAAGUUAGAGGUCGACUGACAAGUUUUUUUUAAGAGAUUAUUGUUCCAGUCGAUGUAUAUUGAAUUUUCUUUGCCACGUAUUGUUAUGACGUUGAAUUCUUAAUAAAAUAUCAUGUUGUUA